GUAAAUUUAGCCAAAUCUUCAGUCUUCUUUAGUAGAAAUGCUUCUGUGGGACUCAAGGCUGAAAUUUGUCAGAGUUUACAAGGAAUUGAGGUAUGUCACUCCUCUAGAUACCUCGGCCUUCCUUUAGGCAUUGGUAAAAGUAAGAAAGAAGUGUUUGA